AUGCCCAUCAUCAGGAAUCCCUUCCGUCGCACCGAAGAGGUUGCGCGUGCUGUCGAACCCCAACCUGACCGUCGCAAUGUCUCUGCCCCGCGUUCAAUCGAGAUCAAGGAGCCUGCCGAAUACAACGGCGUCUACCUUCCUGUAUGCAGUCCCUCUCCCUACUCGUCCGUUCCCCUGCUGAUGCACCCUUCCCAGCCUUCUCCGACCGAGCGCAAGACCUUCUGGUCGACCAAGUCAAACAGCUCGACCAACUCAUCUACCAACCACCGAGCCAUGCUCAGCGAAGAGCCAUUCAACAUUUCUAGANGAAUCCUUCGACUCAUACAGGCGCUCCUUCCUCGCUCGCCCAUUAUCCCACCCGAGGGUCGUCCUCGCCAAUCCCUCGACUCAUCAUUCCACCGCCAGCCCCCACGUAGCUCAUUGGCUCUCAACAGACCUCUACCAACAGCAGACGAAGGCUUCGAAGAUGUCGGUCUCGAAGACCCCAAGCCAAAGAAGCGCGGCUUUCUGUCACGCCUGACAGACAGCAACGACGAUGGCCCGGACAGUAGGCCCACAUCAAGUCACCAUGGCUUCCAUUUUGGCAGCGGUCGCAAGAGAGGUCAGAGUGGUCAAGGUGCUGAGCUGAAGCCCAUGACCGACAAGGCAAACGACGAGUAA